AAGCCGCCAUUAUGAGUACAUUGAGACUUCAAAAGCGGCUGGCCUCCAGCCUGCUGAAAUGUGGUAAAAAGAAAAUCUGGCUGGACCCCAACGAGAGCAACGAGAUUGCAAACGCUAACUCACGUCAGAAUAUUCGCAAACUCAUUAAAGAUGGUCUCAUUAUCAAGAAGCCAACUGUAAUCCACAGCCGUGCUAGGGUACGCAUUGCUGAUGAAGCCAGRCGAAAGGGCCGACAYAGUGGUCAUGGUAAGAGAAAAGGUACUGCCAAUGCUCGUAUGCCACAGAAAAUUAUCUGGAUUCGACGUAUGCGAGUAUUGCGACGACUUCUUCGCAAGUACCGGGAGGCAAAGAAGAUCGACAACCACAUGUACCACAUUCURUACAUGAAGGCUAAAGGUAACGUGUUCAAGAACAAGAGAGUCUUGAUGGAGUACAUACACAAGAAGAAGGCWGAGAAACAACGUUCUAAACUUCUUAG